GCAAAAGUAUCUUUUUUUUUUCCCUUUCCACGAAAGCCCUUUACAAACAGUCUGAGAUCUGGGCUUAAGGAGAGAGGAACCGAGGGGCCCAGUUUGACUGAGAUAAUUCCCUAUACUUUCACACAUGGCGCUUUAAGUAAAAAAGCACAUUGUCUGAGGAUUUGGGAAAGGAUCGAACUUUUUAAAUAAAGAUAAAGCCGCCCGUUUUUUUUUUUUUUUUUCUGCAGCAGCUGCGGGCGCUCACCAUGGAGAUGCAAAGAUGGACCAUCAGGUGGAAAACGAAAAGGCGUCUAUUAGAUUCAACGCUAGCCGCUGUUGGCACUUUAAUUCUAAUUCUACAAAGUGUCAGAGCAGCUGAUCCUGUCGAUGUACUAAAAGCGCUGGACUUUCAGAGCUCUCCUGAAGGAGUCCGGAAAACACAAGGUUUCUGCACAGUGCGGAGAGGAUCUAAACCUGACGUAGCUUAUAGAGUGGCCAAAAGUGCUCAGAUCAGUGCUCCAACCAAACAGCUCUUCCCAGGAGGGGUUUUCCCUGAAGAUUUUUCUAUUCUGUUCACCAUCAAGCCCAAGGCUGGACUCCAGUCUUUCCUUUUAUCUGUAUACAACCAAAAAGGCAUCCAGCAGCUAGGAGUUGAGGUGGGCCGGGCCCCCGUCUUGCUGUAUGAGGACCAGCAUGGCAAACCCGUCCCAGAGGAGUACCCUUUGUUCCGCUCCAUCAACCUUGCUGAUGGCAAAUGGCACAGAGUUGCCAUCAGCGUUGAAAAGAAGAGCGUUACCAUCAUUGUGGACUGUAAGAAGAAGGUGACCAAACCACUUAAAAGAAGCGACCAAGCCAUGAUCAACACUGAUGGCAUAACUGUCUUCGGCACCAGAAUCCUGGAUGACGAGGUCUUUGAGGGUGAUAUUCAGCAGCUUUUGAUAGCGGCAGACCCCAGGGCAGCCUACGACUACUGUGAACACUACAGCCCUGAUUGUGAAUCACCCAGCCACCAUGACACCCCACAGGCCCAGGAACCAGAGGAAGAGUAUCCAGUCUAUGACUAUGGUGAAUUUUAUGACUACAGUGAAGGGGGGGUAGCCACUGAUGCUCCCCCUACCUCUGGAGCAAAGACUGAGACAAAUACUGGUGGAGAAUAUUACACUGACGAGUAUGACUACACCAUAGUGGAUGGUAGUCAGCCUAAACCUCCGAUUGAAUCUUCCAAACAAGGCGAGACUUACGAUACGGAAAUUGUGGAUGAUUACAUCACUGGUGUUGAUGAGGUCGGACUGGACCCCACCGUUCCUGUGGAAGCUGCUGUUCCUGUGGACCCCACAGUGAUAGUGGAUCCUGAAACUGAUGUAAAAGAAUUCAAGGAAUACGACGUGAAAGAAUACGAUACCAAGGAGUUUGUGGAGAAACCUGACUAUGGCAAUUAUGGGGAUUAUGGUGAUUACGGUCCCACCGAUGCAAAGCCAACUCCUGAAGCUUAUGAGGAUGAGUUUGCUGGUGUUCCAGCGGAGAAAGACUUCAGUGUGAGUGGGGGUCACAAUUACUUGGGACAGAAAGGAGAGAAAGGUGAACCUGCUGUCAUUGAGCCUGGGAUGCUAUUAGAAGGACCCCAAGGAGCCCCUGGUCCAGCAGGUGUUUCUGGUAAUCCAGGAUUGCAAGGACCCCCAGGUACCCCAGGAGAUCCUGGUGAGAGGGGUCCUCCAGGCCGUCCUGGUAUUCCAGGUUCAGAUGGCAUCCCUGGUCCUCCGGGUACCAUUCUGAUGCUACCAUUCCGUGCGGGGGGUGAGGCACAUAAGGGACCUGUGAUAACAGCCCAAGAAGCUCAGGCUCAGGCUAUCCUGUCUCAAACUAGACUAACAAUGAGAGGACCCCCAGGACCAGUGGGAAUGGCGGGAAGAUCUGGACCUUUGGGAUCCCCUGGGGCUGCUGGACUCAAAGGUGACAGCGGUGACUCUGGGCCACAGGGGCCAAGAGGUCUCCAAGGUCCAACUGGUCCCCCAGGGAAAGCAGGAAAGAGGGGUCGCAAUGGAGCUGAUGGUGCACGAGGAAUGCCAGGAGAAUCAGGCGCCAAGGGCGACAGAGGGUUUGAUGGCCUCCCUGGUCUUCCUGGAGAGAAAGGACACAGGGGAGAACAUGGCCCCACUGGGCCUCCAGGGUCUCCAGGAGAGGACGGGCCAAGAGGUGAAGAUGGUCAGGUUGGACAGAGAGGAGUGGCUGGAGAGAGUGGCCCCAGAGGUUUGCUUGGCCCUAGAGGGUCCACAGGUCCUCCAGGACAACCUGGUCUUUCUGGCCUGGAUGGACAACCUGGUCCCAAAGGAAACAUGGGUCCACAAGGAGAGCCAGGUCCUCCUGGACAACAAGGCCUACCUGGUCCGCAUGGUCUCGUUGGUCCUCAAGGUCCAAUUGGUCCUCCUGGUGAAAAAGGACCUCAAGGAAAGCAAGGUCUGCCUGGACUUGCCGGUGCCGAUGGCCCUCCUGGUCACCCUGGGAAAGAGGGACCCCCUGGAGAGAAAGGAUCCACAGGCUUUCCUGGUCCUAUAGGAUCCAUUGGCUAUCCUGGUCCUCGUGGUGUAAAAGGCGCGGAGGGAGUUCGAGGUGUCAGAGGUGACAAAGGAGAAAAGGGAGAAGAUGGAUUUCCUGGUUUCAAAGGGGACAUGGGAAUCAAGGGGGACAAGGGUGAGGAUGGCAUACAUGGACCUAGAGGAGAAGAUGGUCCUGAGGGUCCAAAGGGGAAAGCAGGACCAGGUGGAGAAGCUGGACCCAUUGGUUUAGCUGGAGAGAAGGGAAAACUUGGGGUCCCUGGAUUGCCUGGGUACCCUGGAAGACAAGGUCCAAAGGGCUCGAAUGGCUUCCCUGGAUUCCCUGGAGCAAAUGGUGAUAAAGGAGCAAGAGGAAUCGCUGGCAAAUCAGGCCCAAGAGGACAACGUGGACCAACAGGUCCACGUGGGGGACGCGGGGCAAGAGGACCAACAGGAAAGCCAGGUGCAAAGGGCACCUCAGGUGGCGAUGGACCUCCAGGCCCACCUGGAGAGCGGGGACCUCAAGGACCUCAGGGACCUGUCGGCUUACCUGGACCAAAAGGACCUAAUGGCCCACCAGGGAAAGACGGGCUGCCAGGUCACCCUGGACAGAGGGGAGAAACAGGUUUCCAAGGAAAGACUGGACCUCCAGGACCUGGAGGGGUGGUUGGACCUCAGGGGCCAACUGGAGAGACAGGACCAAAUGGAGAGCGAGGACACCCAGGCUCCCCUGGUCCACCUGGAGAGCAGGGUCUGCCUGGGGCUGCAGGAAAAGAGGGAGGAAAGGGGGAUCCAGGUCCUUCAGGUCAUUCUGGAAAAGUGGGACCAGCUGGACUAAAAGGUUUCCAAGGAUCAAGAGGUCUCCCAGGAGCCAUGGGUCCUGGUGGCCUAAAGGGAGGAGAAGGACCUCAGGGUCCCCCCGGCCCCAUCGGUUCCCCUGGCGAAAGAGGCCCUGCUGGUCCUGGAGGUCCUAUUGGUCAGACAGGACGCAAUGGCCCACAAGGACCACCAGGCCCUGCUGGAGAAAAGGGGGCCCCUGGAGAGAAAGGUCCCAUGGGUCCAGCUGGCCGUGAUGGCAUUCAAGGUCCGGUAGGUCUUCCUGGUCCAGCUGGUCCUCAGGGCCCCCCAGGAGAGGACGGUGAUAAGGGAGACGUUGGUGGACCUGGACAGAAGGGAAGCAAAGGAGACAAGGGUGAACGAGGUCCACCAGGCUCAACAGGUCUCCAGGGUGUGAUUGGAGCUCCUGGUCCAGCUGGCAGUGAUGGUGAGGCUGGGCCAAGAGGACAGCAGGGCAUGUUUGGCCAGAAAGGAGAUGAAGGACCCAGAGGAUUUCCAGGGCUGCCGGGACCCAUCGGACUGCAGGGUUUGCCCGGCCCUCCUGGUGAGAAGGGAGAGAAUGGAGAUGUCGGACCAAUGGGUCCACCAGGUCCUCCCGGUCCCAGAGGUCCACAGGGCCCCAGUGGAUCUGAUGGUGCACAAGGUCCCCCUGGAGGUAUUGGUUCAAUGGGAGGUGUUGGUGAGAAGGGAGAAACUGGUGAAGCCGGUAACCCGGGACCACCUGGAGAGCCUGGUAUUCAAGGCCUUCGAGGAGAGAUUGGUGAGAAAGGAGAAACCGGGCCACCUGGAGCUGCUGGACCCCCUGGUGGACGAGGACCCCCCGGAGACGAUGGUCCCAAGGGAAACCCAGGACCUGUCGGCUUCCCCGGAGACCCUGGUCCCCCUGGUGAGCCUGGUGCUGGGGGUCUUGAUGGUUUACCUGGUGAUAAAGGUGAUGAUGGAGAGGCUGGACAACCAGGUCCUCCAGGCCCAUCUGGUGAAGCUGGAGUACCAGGGCCUCCUGGCAAAAGGGGAGCUGUUGGACCUGCAGGUCAGGAAGGAAGACAAGGAGAAAAGGGAUCUAAGGGAGAAGCUGGAGCAGAGGGACCUGUUGGGAAAACUGGACCUGUGGGACCUCAGGGUCCUCCUGGAAAACCUGGUGCUGAGGGUCUGCGUGGAAUUCCUGGCCCUGUUGGUGAGCAAGGACUGCCAGGUGCAUCUGGUCAAGAUGGUCCUCCAGGACCUAUUGGACCCCCUGGACUUCCUGGCAUGAAAGGUGACUCUGGAUCCAAAGGAGAAAAGGGUCAUCCUGGUCUGAUUGGUUUGAUCGGGCCUCCCGGUGAACCUGGAGAGAAGGGAGACAGAGGUCUGCCCGGGCCUCAGGGUGCUGCAGGUGGCAAAGGAGAAUCUGGCACUGGUGGUGCACAAGGUCCACUCGGGCCUCCUGGUCCUCCUGGAAUUUCUGGUGCGCAAGGACAGAAAGGAUCUAAGGGAUCACUUGGUUCAGCUGGUCAAAAGGGAGACCCUGGACUCUUAGGGCCACCUGGACCACCUGGUCCACCUGGUGAUAUAAUCCAGUCGCUCCCCAUUCAGCAGCCUGGCAAAAAAAGCAGGCGGCAGGCUGACUUGCAGGGAGAUGAGGCUUUAGCAGACUAUGGCAUGGAGGGGCCAGGCAUGGAGGGAAUGGAUGAUGUCUUUGGAUCCCUCAACAACCUCAAACAGGAUAUCGAGCGCAUGAAGUUUCCCAUGGGCACCCAGGACAACCCUGCUCGGACCUGCAAUGACCUGCACCUCAGUCAGCCUGAAAUCCCGGAUGGUGAAUACUGGAUUGAUCCGAACCAGGGCUGCAUCGGAGACGCCAUCAAAGUGUUCUGUAACUUCACAGCAGGUGGAGAAACAUGCAUUUACCCAGACAAGAAAUCAACAGGAGUCAGAAUAUCCAACUGGCCUAAGGAAUCUCCAGGUUCAUGGUUUAGUGAAUUUAAGCGUGGCAAAAUUCUGAACUAUGUGGAUAUUGGUGACAACAGCCUUAAUGCCGUGCAGAUGACCUUCCUGAAGCUGCUGAGUUCCUCAGCACGGCAGAACUUCACGUACAUUUGCCAUCAGUCUGUGGCCUGGUACGACGCCAAAGCCGACAACUACGACAGAGCGCUGCGCUUCCUGGGCUCCAAUGAUGAGGAACUGUCUUAUGACAAUAAUCCCUUCAUCAAGUCGCUGAUGGAUGGCUGCUCGAUGAAGCAGGGUUAUUCAAGGACAGUGUUGGAAAUUAACACACCUCGCAUCGACCAGUUACCCAUCAUUGAUGUAAUGCUGAAUGACUUUGGGCAAUCCAACCAGAGGUUUGGCUUUGAGGUCGGCCCCGUGUGUUUCCUUGGCUAGAAACGCCCCUCUUCCCCCUACUGAAGGACAGGGUCAGAGAGUUAACAGUAACACCCACAUAAAGAGAGCUUUCAGCCAACGCCUAUUCUCCCCAACAAAGUAAAACCUGUUUUCCUUUAUUGCAAAGAAGACCCAACAAGCUGGGAGAAGCAGAAGAGCACACCUUGACCCUGCCUUAAAAGCACUGACCAGGGGAAACUCCUCCUUGCCCUCGUAGGGCCAGAAUCACGUGACUUUUACUUGUAAUGGGAAUGACAUCAGGAAAAGGACUUUUGAUGCCAUGGUGGACAGUGGCAUACUUUCAGCAUUGAAGAGAGGAUCCACUCACCUCAAGCCCCGCCCUCCCUCCUCUUUAGCCCUCCCACCUCCUGAUCCUCUCUGCAUGCUCCAAGUAAUGCUAUGAAUACAAUCACAGAGGUGCUUUUGUGCAGAAUCACAAAACACUUAAGGUGCUACAAUUAGUGCAUUUGAUGAAACUGUAAUUAAUAAUAUUUGAAUUUUGUACAUUAUUGUUCCUCUCUGAAUCCACUCUAAAAACUUGCAUGUGCUUCUUCAGUUUUAAUGAAAUAUUUGGUCAACUUUGGUAGAACACAUUUUAUUAAGAUAUUUAAAGUUUCUUAGAACAUGUUUGAAAACAUCUAUGACAUACAUUUGACAAAAGUUUCAAUUUGUACGUAUGAAUCAAUCAUUUUGUAAAUAUUAUGACUCCUAUCCUCUUUCAUGAGCUUAGACAUCAAUCCAAACAUGAGAUCUAACAAAAUAAUUUGUUAAGGUACCAGGUAGGAAAUUAAGCCAUAAUAAAAUGAGAUUAUAAUAUAAAUAUUCUAAGAAGGGGCUUAUUCUUCCAGCUGAUAUACCUCAGUUUCCUUUAAAAAUCUGAACAAGUUAGACACAGUCAAGUUUACAUUUUCUGUGAUUUAUAACUAAUAAAACUAAUAUUUUUGUAUGGGUAAAGUAUGUCCAGUUGUUUUCAUACAAUCCCAAAGAGGCCCUGUGGAUAUUUCCUUUGUAGCAAUGAACAAAAUGUUUCCAUGUGCUUUAAAUUGUUCAUUUAAAAAUAUGUAUAUUAAAAUUGGGUUCUGAAAAACAUUGGGUUGACCGUUUGUGUUGUUGGCUGUUUGAGCUCAGAAAUAACUAGUAUUCACUUUUUGUGAUUCUGUGCUACAAGACUCAUAUCUCCAUCCUUUAUCACGAUAGAAAAAGAAAGAUAAUUGAUUCUUUGUGUUUGGGUACAUUUACUGACUCUUUGAGCUUUUUCCACUUGUUUUUUUUUUCCUCUUUCUCUCUCUGACUCAGAUUUGACUUCAAUCAAGUUCUGUUUGCACCUUUCUUAGCUUAAAAGCUCUAAAAAGCAAAGCUUCAAAGCACUAUUGCAAAAACCUGUGUAAUUACAGUAUGUCUACAACCUAUGUACAACUGCAAUAAAUGUUUGGUGCUUUGCCAA